AUGACGUCAUUAAGCAGUGAGGUUCCCGUCGUGUCCGCAAUGACGUCACCGAAAGCGCCCGUUAUUACCCGUGAUGCUCUCCGCGAUAGUUCAAACGCGCGUCGUGACUUGCGUGGCGCGGCCCCGAACGCGACGCCGAGAUUGAAGCUCAUCGCUGACUCGGCCACCUUCAACCCCGUCUACUCAACACCAUCUCGCCUCCCACAAAACUUCGGCGCGAUGGAUCCCUUCACACAGAAGUUGCUGGAGCGCACGCGCGCACGCCGCGAGCUACUACAGCAGAAAAUGAGUGAGCGGCCAAGCCCCAGCAAGAGGCUGCGUGAGCCUCUGACCGAUGCCAACAUGCGAGGCGGUACCCUGACUCCCCUCACGACCCAGGAGCCCCCUCGCGGAAAGAGCAAUCAAGUCGGAGCCAGCAUCCCAUCGCCCUCCAAGCGUCUGUGUGCGGGGGACGCGACACUGGAAGGGGGGAGCUCCCCGGCCCCAAGGAGCCAGAGCCUGGAUUCGCGCAGGGUAGAGCGUUUGGUGAAGGCGGACACGCCUGCCAUCGCGUCGGUGCGAUCGCGGCUACGCAACCUCUCCCAACAGAUUGGAGACGAUGAAGAGUCGUCGGAGAACUGGCCCGGCCCCGUGAGCCCCACACGGGGCCCUCGCGCUCGUCUUGACGUGCGCCCAUCGCCCGUGCGCCGCGUGGGUCCCGCCGCCCUCGCCCAGCGCAUCUCGUCGUGGGAGGGCCAUUCGGCCUCCCCGCCUACAACCGGAGGGCCACUGCUGCCACCACCUACACAACCACACAGGGCAGUCGGCACCACCGCCCACCAAGAGGUGGAUGUUCUGCUUGUGGCGCACUCCACUAAGGUCGUCUUCCCGGAAGCGAUGACCACCGAGACCCCGCCACUAGCCGCUUCUGCAGAUGAUCGCUGUGAAAACAAUUUGCCGGCUGUCCUUCCCGGAGACUAUGCCCCAGCAACAGGGCUGUCCGAGAGACAACUGCGGACCCAGGCCGCCCUGGCGAAGCUGAGGGAGCUGAGAGAAAAGGACCCGGUCGCCCUCCGCCAGCGUAUCCAGGAAUGCAGCGUGGGGGCAUCGAUCACAGAGCUCGCUGGCACAGAUGAUGAAUGGCGCUCGGCAGAGGAUGACGGUGCUCCAAUCUUCCUGCAUAUUGCUUCGCCACCACUGAAGGUCACGGGUCAAAAUGAUGACCAAGAAGUAAACCCCGUGGAUUGGUCUGAUGGUGGCAAGGAGGAAGUGGAGGGUGGCGGCAGUGAUGGUGUGGAGGAGACGAGCUGCUUGCCGGCGAUCGAUCAACUGCCUCAGGGAGCGUUGGUGCAAGACGGCCAGGGGUCAAGCAGCGCGGACGACGCGGUGAUGUCGCCCGCGCUGCCCACGUCACCGCCCCCGAGCGUGUCCCUGCACCAGGAGGAGAUGCGUGGCGCCGGCAUGGCAGAGGGGAAGCACACGGCCGAGGACACUGGACUCCCCUACAGCGUGGACGCCUACCGCACCCAACGCCGUGCCGCACAGCCGCCCAAGCCGCCGCGCUCGAUGCCGUUCCUGCAUGGUGACCAGAAGCCCCCGCCUGCAGCGCAACAUCAGUGGCAGCAGGGCCAGGCCACCAAGGAGAGGGUGAAGCUGCUGAACGGAGAGAUUACGUCGCAGCAGAGGAUCAUCCAGCAGGCGAGCCAGGCCCUCAACUGCUGCGUGGACGAGGACCACGGCAAGGGCUCCGUGGAGGAGGCAGAGGCCGAGAGGCUGCUGCUCAUCAGCACUGAGAAGCGGCUGGCUCUGCUCAACGAGCUCAACGACCUCAAGGGGCAGCAGGCACCCGGGGACGGGCAACAGCAGCCUGUCUGGAGCGACGCUCGGACAGCACCGUCGAAGGCAGAGGUCUGCCGUGGCACCGUGCUGGUGUCCAACGUCUGCCUGCCGCUCAAGGCAGACUUUGUGUGCUCCCUGGCAAGCAAACCGGAUCGCUGCAACUACUACUUCUUCGUGCUGUUCCGUCAUGGCUCCACAGACGUGGUGGCCACGCCGCUGGCGUCUACGCUCCACAGCAUGGACGGGGACUCGCUCGCUUUCCCCACCAAGUUCUCGCUGGAAGGUGUUCAGAGUGAUUUUGAAAUCGACGUGGAAGUCUACAGCCUGGCCCAAAGGAGAGAUGGAGACCCCUCGGAUAAGAGACGCCGCUCGACCAAGUCAAAGGUCAUGACUCCUAAAAAGCUACUUACUUCCAUCACUAGGAAUCAUCCGUACUCUCCAGCCAUGAGCAGUGCGGGCGGACCCAACGCAGUGCGCGUGAGCAACUUCUCUCUCGUCGGCUCGCACAAGAUCACGCGCGCCUCGCUCGGCGCCUCCAGGUUUCUCUUGGACAAGAUGAAGUUUGAUGGGAAGGUCAGACACCUGCUGGGAGAUGAGUUUCAAGAGAAGGUGCCGUUCCUGUCGCCCUUGGAGGGGCCGAUCUUUUUGAAGGUCGAGUGCCGAGCGGCGUCGGCUGUUGAACACCGCGGCUUCCUGACGGUGUUUGAGGACGUGGGUGGUCUGGGCGCCUGGCACCGCCGCUGGUUCGUGCUCGCGGGGACACGACUCAGCUACUGGACGUACCCCGACGACGAGCGAAGCAAGGAGGCGCUGGGUCAGGUCGGGCUGGCGGAGGUGGAGGAGCCUCGCGUGGGGCCGGCGAGCCGCGAGGCGUGCGCACGCCCCAACACGCUGGAGCUGAGGACGGCGCGCGCAGCACGCCCACAUGACUGCCAGACGCUCGUGCGCAAACGGAAGGACGCGCUGCUGGUCUCCCGGUACUGGUUGUCGGCCGACACAAAGGAGGAGCGCGACUUGUGGAUGAACAAAGUGAACCAGGUGCUGCUUGACCUGCGCACCUGGCAGCCACGGAGCUCUUGCAAGCCCUAAGGGUCCCCAAAAGCUGCUCGCACUCCUAUGCAUUCGCACGUCUCGCAUGUUCACAGUUACAAUAUACUGGCUUUAUACAACUUCUAAAUGCGACCACAUCUCAAUACGCUUAACAAGAAUAGUGGGAAUACUUUUUUUGUAGAGCGAGGCGCAGUCGGUCUAAGAGCAGAGGAAAUAUGAAGGUUUUGAGCGUGGACUUGAGCAGUGGCAGGUAGUGGAUAGCACAGAUGGAUGGGGGAGAAGGAAGUUCCAGCUACACUCACUCCACGGUUAGUCUCCCUUCUACGACUCCUGUCUCCAUGUGCCUUCUCGUACAUGAACACACUCCCGCUCUUCUUUGAUUUGAGCUUUUGUGAGGUCAGCGCUGGUCACUUUUGUGCUCGUUAGAGCUGUGUUCAAGCUGACCUGUUGAGCAGCAACUGCCUAGGUUGUGGCUGAUAUUGCCACCGUGCUGUUAUUUUCCGCCAAGCAUACAAACUUCACAGGGAGAAUUCGCUAUGUGGAAAGCUAUGGUUACCGGCUUGGUAUUUUGCAUGGCCAGUUUUUCCGUUUUUAGAUGACGGUUUCAGAAUCUGAGUUACUCAAUACUCCUAAUUGCUGCAUGUGCAGUGUGCAACACUUUAUACUCAUGUACUGAAUUUAGCUGCUGUUAUAAUAUGUACUUUUGGCAAUGUUACGGCUGCAGUGGCUCCUCAAACUUGAGCCACUGAAAUAGCGCACCUCGUAGUGCUAACACAUUGUAGCCUAAUGUCCCAUAGGGGACGAAGAUGAGUAAGUAGUGAUAACACUAAGUAUAUAGAAGGAUUCUGCAUGCAAGCAGCAAUUCACUAAACACUACGUACUGCCUUUUAAAAUGUAAACGCAAUACUCGGUGCACAUAUCUGUAGUGCUAAAGCAGCUGCCUAGUCAUAGCAACAAAAUUGGCCCCACCUUUAGCAGACGAUACCUGGUGCGAAGCUUUUGAAUGAUUCACUUGCAAGCCAGUUCCUAGGAUGUUACCUUCACAUGCCAUACAUACUUGCCUUUGCAAUGAACGUUAUUACCACACUUGAAUACAGCAAUACUGUCCAAGAUGAGGUGUAAUGCAUUGAUAAGGUUUGUGUAUCUCCUGCUGUAGUUGGUCCAUGUUGACAGCUGUGUUACCUUUGGACAGUUAAAAGGGCCAGAUGCCGCAUUUGGUCCUUUACGGUAACUUAAUGGACGCACCACAGCAUUGGCCAAAGUUCAUUGUGAACGCCAAAAAUGAGGAUUCCAAAUGUGAAAGCGUAACGACUACAGGGGUAGGUCACACGGCUUGGGAGCGUAGCACUACACCUGAUGCUCACGUCAACCUUAAUGCUUAAUUUUUUUCACCUUUUGAUUCGCUAUUGUCGGUGUACAGACACGACCUGGUGGUUAGACUGAGAAAACAAGGGCAGGUAAUGUGCACACGACGCGAGUUAGUGUAGCUUGGGCCCAGUGAGCUGCCAAACUCUCAUCACCCAGCACUUUAUGAGCAAUGUCUUGCCUUUUAAUUCUUCAGUCUUGCGCACAACCAGUCCAGUCAGCAGCUCCAAAUGGAGGCCAUUUAAACGACAGCUAUUGGGGUUUGUGAGCAUGAUACCCUGGGCAGCCAUGGCCGUGUGCGUUGUAUGUAUGUUGAAUUUAUUUUUCACCAUACGCAGCCAACCAUGCUAAUCGGAGGUGCAAAUAUUUUGAUUAAAUCGACACAGCGGCCAUGAAUGUGAGCGCUCAGGCCACUGAACGGUCAAGUUGGUGGAACACAGAAACUUUUUGUGACACCGGUUGAGGGGGUGCCUGCAGGAGGCAGUACACCAAGUAGGGUUCCUGACAUGCCAUCCGUGUAACACAGUUUGAGUGGAAUUCAAGUUUCCUCCAGCAAAUGAGAAUAAAGUGGCUCUCGCAUCACACGCAGGACCCUCGUGAGAAUUAUUCUUAAGACUCGGGAGAGGUUUCCUGAAAAUGUUCUUCAAAUUAUAUUUCCUUUUGUUGAGUAGAACUGCCAUUUCAUGUGCAGGCACCCUAUUCCCUUCUCUUAACACCUCCGUAGAUGUUUGUCCCCUGUGUAGGGGUGUUAGAGAGAGAGCCCGUUAUGCAUGGCAGCCUAUGGCAAACAAACACAGUGGGCGGGGCUACGUAAGUGCACGGGGAGGUGCCCUCUACGACGUCCGAGCCAGGCACCCUGGGGGGGGGCUGGUUCGAACGUUAUGAUCCCCCGGGGCCCCACCCCUCAGCGAGGGGUUGGGUAUAAAAGGGGAUGUAUCAAAGGGCUCGGCAGUUAUGUUAAAAGCUAACCAGAGAAGACUGAAGACGUCUUAGAUAGAGCCCUGGACUCCCCUGGUUCGCUGUCCUUAUCAGGGCCGAACAAGACAGAGCCAGCGGCCGUGGUCCCGAAAGCCAGAGCCGGUGCUCUUGUAAGAGCUGGUCUGGGACUCCGGGUACCGGGCCCGACUUACCAGUGUCGGGCCAGAUAGCCUCCCCUAGCCCAUUAGUGGAGGACUAAGAGGCAGGCUAGGAGUAGCUAGGACGUGUAUCCUCAGCUAGUCGGGUGAGGGGGCCAAUACCCCCUCCAGUGCUGUAUGCCACGAACGUGCUGUGUCAAAUAAACCCGUGUGCCUCCAACUCCGGUGUCCAAGAGUCGUGAAAGCUACUACACCUGUAUAGGAGACGAGAGAUGAGAAAGCAAUCUUCACUUAAACAAGACCAGUCAUAUGUUUGUGAACGUCUUUAAAGGUCCUGAUCCAGCACUUUCAAGCAUCCAUGGUCAAUCCAAGGAGUACCAUGACCAGUGAGUGCCAGGGAAGCGAGCUGUUGUGCUAUGGAGAGAAUGCUGCCAGCAAAGCGAUGUGGUAGUUCCACCAAUUGCUGCGGAAUACUUGGCCAGUAUUGUUUGAAGAUGUUUUAGUGUGUGUAGGAAUUAACUAAUCGCUAGAGACCUUUCAUAUUUACAUGCUCGUGAAAUUCAAGACUGAUUAUUAUCAACGGUUCAUCGUGGUAUAUUUGGAGUAGGUAACAACUGCUUUCACGUGUAUUUUCAUGCAAAUAAUUGAUUUUUAUAUAAAUUAUAUCUUGCAUUUAAUGGAAAUAAAUAUUUUAACAUUGGUCUUAACCCUGGAACGUAGAUGUAGAUUCAACUAAUCAAUGUGCCUUGUUUUAAAAUUCAGUUGAUAAAAUGAUUGUACCGUAUAAACGUGCUUAUUUGAGUCGUGAAUUGUACUCAACUCAAUAAGCAAUGGUAACAAAAAUAUAUCGGCUAUAAAGACGGACUUGUAUUAAGCCUGUACUGUCUUCAACAACACUCCUGAGCGCCAGACCUCGCGGAACUUUCCUCUGCAUCGCCACCAACGACGACAACCGCCAUUUGCCACGAAGUGGUGGUGACGUCCCACGACGCUUAUGCCAGGCUAUGUGCACUGAGGGCCACGUUAAGUGUCGAACGCCCCCUGGUAGGUCACGGGACAGACCCAGGUGCCAUGGGUUGAUAAACUUUCCUCUGCAUCACCACCACGGCUCGCGAGCACGCAUUGUGCACUGGAGUGCACUCCCAGUGCAGACCGAGCCCACGACUUACCUUCCACGGCCCUGGCGAUUGGAAGGGUUUUGAAAUCAUAACUGGCGUUUAGUGGAUAUAUGGUCUCAAAUCAUAAUCCCAAGGCAGAUAUUUCACGAGUUGGUCCCAACCGCUUGAGGUUGCAAAUAAAUGUUAAUUGUGGGUUUUUGGAAAGGUCUAUAGCCGCCAGGCAUAGAACAAUUCACCUACCUCCACCAAUUUGUUACAAAAACUUUGUAUUCAGGAAUAUUUUAAUGAUUGCUUGCACCGUAUUUGCAAUGUCAUUAUAUUACCUUGUUCUGUCUGACGUACCAUUAGCCAAUGUAAAAUCAUUUUUUGUGAGCGUAAGAAUAUAUUUUAGUUAAUAAAUCUUGACAUGCUUAUUUGCUGCCUGAUGUUCGGAUAGUCACCCUAUGAAGACCAUCCCAAGAAAGGAUAUUGGCACUGCUAAAGUGUUGACACCUCAGGUGGUCCAAGCUUUUUUCUCUGGCUUGUGUUAAAGUAUGUGAACAUCGAUGUCAUUGGCUAGUGUAGUUUUGAUUUAAUGGUUGUAGAACUGGAAAUGUGUAUCUAGUUUUUCUCCCAGAGCAUAAGCGCCUCUGCUGGGCGGGCAGUGGUUGCCAUGUGAGAGGGUGGCGGUUCCUUGGUGGUGGUGUUGUUCACGACUUGUGGAUCGUGCGGUCCAUUUAGAUGCCCAGGACUUGUCACCGGGCAGCACGAUCCACCGUGACUUAUAAUAUUGUCUCUCGUCACAGUAGGAAACCUUGGAUGCUGAACAUUUGUACUGUUAGUUAUACUAUGUUUUACCACACAUGCCUUGUUUAUUUUUCUUAUGGUCGCGUUUGCGUCGCUAUUGGGGUCAUGUAUGUGUCUGGCGCAAAAUAAUCUGAUGGGUAAAUCGAGGUCUUAUCAAGAGAUCGGUUUGCACUUCAUUGAAACGACAUCUGUUUCUCAUGGUCACUAACAAGUGAACAGUUAUGAAAGCACAUUUCACAUGAAUCUUGAUGCCCCCCUUUUGCACGUCACUGUUGCCAAACGGUGCCAACGUGAGCAUCUCCCUCGAGCUCUGAGUUGGCACUGUUUGGAGUCUGAAUGUAUGGAUUGAAUCUCUCGGUUGUAGUUUUCCUUUCUCCUGUUAGAAUUUGCAGAAUUGUCACUUUAGACGAGCAAAACUCGUACUGAAUGUCUAUUUGUGUUUGUUUUUAAUUCAAACUCUUUGGUCUAUAGUUGCAACCGUAUUGCCUUGGUCUCUUUUUAAUGUAUAAUUUCUGUUCAUAGGUAUGUGGUAACUUUUA